GACGGUCGAUAUCAAAACAAUAAAAAAUGAAGCUGUUCAUUGUCCUCGCUCUCGUAGCUGCUGUGGCUGCUGCUCCUCAAAAUCCCCAAGAUGUUCAAAUCGUUCGUUAUGAUACUAGCAAUGGCGGCCUCGAUGGUUACAAUUUCGCUUGGGAAUUAUCUGAUGGAAGUAAGCACGAAGAAGUGGGACAAUUGAAGAACCAAGGAACCGAAAACGAAGCCAUAGCAGUCCAAGGAAAAUACUCCUGGGUUGGUCCCGAUGGUGUCCUAUAUACCGUAACCUACAUCGCUGAUGAGAAUGGCUUCCAACCUCAAAUCGAACAAGGUCCAGGUGGUUCUGUGCCUUCUGCAGUAGUAGCCUCUCUUCUCGGCUAACACAUUUAAUUUAUGGUCCAAACAUAAAUGUAACUAGCUCAAUA